AUGCUUCAAUCACAGGCUUCCACGACAGAAUACAAAGCUCCAAGCUAUUGCUUCGAUGAGAAGGAGCGACCAGCCGAGUCCACAGUGGAGGAUGCUUCAGCCCAGCAUUUCCCGCUCUUCCUGCCGCUCUCUAUCUCUACGCUGCUGCGGAAAGGGCAGGCAAUUGAGGAGCUAGAUGAGGAAACUCGCAAUCUGCAGCUGCUGGAGGAGGGCUUGUCGCCCAAACCCUGGAAAGGAGCUCCAGAGGAAACAGAGGCAUCCUUCGUGGACGCCACUUUGCCGGAGCCCUGCGAGGAGAAGUUGGCGCAGGAAGACGUGGAGAGCGAGGGGACGGAUGGCACCCGCGCAGAGCAUCCGGAUGACUCUGCCAGCGACCAAGGUGACUCAGAGACCGUCAGCAGCGCUCAGGAGCUCGAGGACUUCUCGAAUUCCGAGUGCACCGACUCUGAGUCGGAAGAUCCGGAAGAGCUGGCCGACCUUCUGGAGACAGCUCCCGCAGUUGGGACGCGAGUGGAGGUGUACUUUACGGAUGGAAGCUGGGUCCCUGCAAUCGUCACGCAUGCGCGAGGCAUGCAGGCACGUGGCCCACCUGCAUGUGUCUGA